AUUAAUGAUAAUGGCGAUACAUCUUUAACACGUGCAAUCGAAGAAAAUGAUUCAGACACAGCUGAACGACUUAUUAACAAUUGUGCAGAUGUAAACAAAACUAAAGAUGGAAAUAACGCAUUAAUUUUGGCUUGUGAGAAAGGUAAUGCUCGUAUUGUUGACUUAUUGAUAGAAAAAGGAGCAUAUCUAAACGAGCGGGGCACAUCUGGCUGGACGGCUUUAAUGAUUGCAUGCAAGAAUGGAUCCUUUGACAUAGCUGAAAAGCUUCUUGAUAAAAGAGUUUUAAUUGAUAUACAAAACGAUGCUUGUGAAACUGCCUUAAUGAUUGCAUGCAGGAAUGGAUAUAAUGACAUAGUUGAAAAACUUCUUGAAAAUGGUGCUUCAAUUGAUAAACAAAAUGGUUUAGGUGAAACAGCUUUAAUGAUUGCAUGUCAAAAUGAAUUUAUUAUUGUCGUUGAAAAGCUUCUUAACCGCGGAGUUUCAAUUGAUAAACAAAAGAAUUCUGGCGAUACAGCUUUAAUGAUUGCUUGUGCAAGAGGAAAUGGCAAACUUAUUGAAAUUCUUCUACUGAAAGGCGCUGCUGUUAAUAUGACAAAUGCACUUGGGUCGACGCCAUUAUUUAUUGCAUGC